AUGUCUGGAGAAAAUGCGAGGGUAAUAUCAGGAGCAGAAGUAGAAGCAGCAGCAGAAAAACAAGAACUUGCAGAGUUCAAAAAAGCAUUUAGUGACUAUCCAGAUUUUCAUGUUAUUCUAGGUCCUCCUAGUUCUGGGAAAACUGCCUUGGUUCAUGAGGCUUAUGAUUUUCUAAUCCACAUUUAUUGUUUAGGUUUGCAUAACUUAUAUGUAACUACAUAUGUUAUUGGAGAUUUGAGCAAGGAAGAAGCUGAAGAAUAUUUUGAAAAGCAUAUUCUUUCUCAAAAUGGGACACCUUCUGAACCUGGAAUUCAGCGUAAUAAGCAUUUUCUGGACCUGGAAUUUGGUGAAACGGUAGGGCGCCUUUCAGACCUGGAAUUUGGUGAAACGGAUCAUUCUUUCGGAACAUGA